CUCCUCUCUGUCCUCUACCCCCCCUCCUUGUUCGCUUUCUUCAUUAUGUCUAGGGCUCAAUUCCUCCGAGAAUACAAGCUCGUCGUCGUCGGCGGUGGUGGUGUCGGAAAGUCGGCCUUGACAAUCCAGUUCAUCCAGAGCCACUUCGUGGAUGAGUAUGAUCCUACCAUUGAGGACUCGUACCGGAAGCAAUGUAUUAUCGACGAGGAGGUUGCUCUGCUCGACGUUCUUGAUACUGCUGGUCAAGAGGAAUACGGUGCGAUGCGUGAGCAGUACAUGCGCACGGGUGAGGGUUUCCUACUCGUCUACUCGAUCACGUCACGUCCGUCGUUCGAGGAGAUCAGUACCUUCCACCAACAAAUCCUGCGUGUCAAGGACCAGGAUUCGUUCCCUGUCGUUGUCGUCGCUAACAAGUGCGAUCUCGAGUACGAGCGCCAAGUGGGCAUGAACGAGGGUCGUGAUCUGGCGAAGCACUUUGGUUGCAAGUUCAUAGAGACCUCCGCUAAGCAGAGGAUCAACGUCGACGAGGCGUUUCACAGUCUUGUGCGCGAGAUCAGGCGGCACAACAAGGAACAACAGACAGGACGUCCCGGUGUGCCACCCAAUAUGCCAUCCGCUCCUGGUGUCUACAAUGGGACAAAAUCAGACCAGGACGACGUCGGCGGGUGCUGCUCCGGCUGCGUCGUCGCGUGAAGCCAUCUUUCUUUCAUCCUAUUGCUUAUGUUUCAUUUCCCCCUUGUCCGUUACUAUCAUCUAUCGUAUACCGCUCGAUUUGGGCUUGUUGGCGUUACCCCUUCUGUUCUCUCUUCUCCUUGUUGUCGUGUACAUGUUAUCCAUCGCCCGUUCCGAUUCCGAUAUGGUACUGCCGCUUGAGUUCUUACCUCCCUUGCCAUCCUUGACUGAUCUUCUGUUUGAUAUACGUACAGACAUCUGCAGGGAAGGGUAUGAGGCACCACUGCGUGCGCGUUCCGAUGGUCGACUAGUUGCCGACGUAGCUCCCUCGUUAUCCUCGCUUUACCUGACCAUCGAGCAAAUGGAUAUCAACAAACGCUGCAUGCACAGCUUUAGAAUAACAAUGCAUAUCAGUAU